AUGCCAGACCCAAUAACUUUAUUAAAGUUUGAUUCCUUUUGUGAAAAGGGCCUUUAUUUGCUGGUAAAGGUAUCAGAGAACCAAGAAGAAAUAAUAGUUUCAAAUAAUGUUGUUACUCAACCAAUUACAGUUGACUGUUCAAAUAUAUCAUCUUCCCUAAAGAUCCUUAACCCGAAAAUACUUACUGACAAAGCUGCAAUGACAACAUGUGAUGCUGAGAACUGUGUUCAUUAUCUCCCAACAAGUUUUGCCGAAGUUUCUUUAAAGUUAAAUUUUGAAGCACAGCUACAGCUUGAUAUUCCAAAGUAUGUUUCAGAGCACAGUUUACCAGAUCUACUCAAGACAAAUAUGAAGUUUCUUUUGAGCAAAACUGUUAAUUCAUUCCAUGUACUUGAUGGCGUGUAUGGUGUUGCUGUAAAUUUGACAUUUGGGACAGUGACAACAACCAAUCUUGAAACUGGUUAUAAACGAUUGUCAUCUUCUGUCUCUGGUUCCAUAAACUUUCAAUUUAUUGAAACAAACGCUUCAUCAGCAUUAUGUGGAAUGAUGUAUAUAUCACUUGUUGCUAUGUUACCUGGAAUAGGUUUUAAUGCAAUACCAUCACAUCCUGCUGUGGUUGAACCGGCAUUGAAAAUACAAUGCAUGCCAAACCUGUUUAACUUGAUCAGUGUAAAGGUGAUACCACAGCAACAAGACUUAUGGUUUGGAUAUGGCUCUCCUGUUAAUAUUAAACUGAUGGUUGAAUGUGGAGCUUCAGAUGAAAUAUGCUCACAACUGGUGUCUGCAGAUAUGGAUUAUUUUAACAUACAUCUAUGGGCAAGUGAGUCUACUUUACAUGAAGGCAGUAAAGUAGAAAUACAUCCACACAUUAUCUCAUCAUCACAAAUGGUUGAUGCAUAUGUUUGGCCAACAGCAGACUUCACAACAAAUGUAAUUUAUCCUGGGAAAAAGUUUCAAGCCAGCUUCAACAAGCAGUCUUAUAUAAAUCAAUAUAUCAUAAAAGGAAAUAUGGCAAUUGUGAAUGUAAAUCAAAUAAACUGCAUGAAGUACAGGUAUUUUGGGCUCGAGCUUGUGGCUGGGGAAAACCCAACUGUGAAGCAAAUCCUAUUACAUGGCAAUGUUACUACUGAUGAUAAAAUACAUUGGAUUCCAUUUACAUGGAGUUGCAAACAUGAUUCUGGUGCAGAUGAUGUUGGCUUUGAUCUAACUGUAUUGUCCAGUGUUGUCAAUCAACAAUCAUGGAAUAUGGCCGAUAUAAGCAGUAUGGAGUACAGCAACUUGGUUGGUAUAUCCAGUACUGUGUUUCAUGGAAUUCAUUCACUUAAUGGUAUAACUGGUGCUCUUUAUGAUGAAAGAAAAUUUCAAUAUUCAUUUUUCCUAUCUUUGGAUGACAUACUUUCUGAUAACGAUCGCAAGCUGGAAAUGAUUGAAAGAACAGAUUUUGUGGAAGUUUUAAAUGAACCACUUCAUAGACAAAUGUCAUACAAUGCAAGAUAUCAUAUUCAUGGUGAUCUAAAGAUAUCAGCCAAAGAUAUAGCUUAUUUGUGCACCUUUACUGCAGCAAACCAAACAACAAAUGUUUAUCUUAUACUGCAAUUGACAACUAAGUUGCAUGGAGAAAUUGAUGAAUUGAACAACAUUUUUGCAACACAAAUCCAAAUCAACUCAUGUUCUUCCUCCUCAAUAUACAAUCAUAUUAACCAUGCUUUGUUAGUUGGUGGUUUGGCUUUAAAACUUGGUCAGAAUGUUGAGUUGUAUUUUGAAGUUGCUGAUGGUAGAUCCAAUAUUGAGAUGGGAGAGCAGAUUAUGCCAGAUUUGUUCUUGUCUGUAGCACUUUGUCCAGUUCAAAAUGGUUUGGUUGGAAGCCAAAAUAAGAAUCACGAUAAAAAGGAUGUUUUGAUCACUUCUAUGUUUCCGAUAAGUGGACAAAUGGAUGUUGUUAGAAGUCUAAAUUCUUCUACUUCUAUCUGGCUGGAAAGAAAAACACGCUGUAUUGAAAGUUCUCACUUAUAUGGCUUAUCUGGAUCAUGUAAAAGUAAAGUUGCUUUUACUUUACCUUCAGAUGGCUCAUUGUGUAAUCAUAUAUGGAAACUAAAGAUUGUAAUACACUCAUUUUAUUCAAAGUCAUUGUUUGUAUCUACAAGCAGAUUGAUUGACGGUGUGAGUACUGUAUGUCCUGGUGAAUACAUCGCACUGUUUGGUCAUCAAUUGUAUAACCUUCCACAAGCGUUGGUACCAGGAAAAAGCCACCAAGUGGCAUUUAAUAUCAAUAUUGGAGAAAGCAUGGACAGUAAAUCUAUGAAUACCACUGCAAUAAUAUCAAACAAUUGGCAAUAUGAUGUUGAAACAAACUUUGUAAAUUGUGGUUCAGAUCAUAACAUGAAAAUUGGAUUUUCAAAAGCAACUUGCAGCAAUAAGGUUUCAAGUGAUGUAUCUCCUGAAGGAAAAGUUUCCAUGUUUACUUCAUGUGUCACUGAAAUAAACAUUCCAGAUAAUCUGACAUGUACUGAACCAUGGGAACAUUGCAUGACUAUCAAAGUUUCAAAAGGUGAUACAGAUCUAACACUGUCACGCUUAGUGCCUUGGCAUUAUACCAGUGUUACCUGUACAAAGACAGAAAAGUCAGAAUACAUUGAUUAUUUCAUAUCAACAAAGACAAUGAGAAUCACUUUAUAUGAAGAUGUGGUAAACACUCUACAAGUUGAUAUUGGAUUACAAUUUUACGAUGAAAACAUGUUCUCCACCUAUAUGGAUUUACUGGACAUGGAGAAAUAUGUGCAAGUUAAAUUCUGGUUGACUAAGGAAACUAACAUAACCUACCCAAUCGAUCCUUACAAUGGAAAAGUGAUGACCCAAUUGCCUGGUGUGACUUACUCAGUUGUAGAACCAGCAGCUCUCAUCUAUCCUGACGUUUUAACCUCUUCACUUAUCUUUGAAAUUCCAUUCAUCACUUCAUAUGGUUGGAAUGAAAUGUUCUGUGGCAACUUCCAUAUUAUAAUUGAGUUAACAUCACUAUAUACCAAUGCAUCGGAUGUACAAUUACUUAAUAAUACGGUGAUGCUACCAGCAAAUAUUGUCUGCAAAGGAGAUCUUUUCCAAGUCACAAAAGGGGAAUUACAGACAGUAUAUCCAAUUCUUUAUCUGUACACUGAUGUUCCACAAACAGUGAAUUUGAUCAUGGAAAUGGAAAGUACCAACAGUAGCCUUGAUAUAGUUGACAUACUAACUGUUGGUGGCAAGCUCUUAUCUACCUUUGAUGCUUACAUAUCUGUUGAUCCUUAUCUUAACAUAUUUCUUGAUGAUGCUGUUAGCUUGGACAUCAUGAAUGCCACCCACACUCAAGAUAGUUGCUGUACCAACAGAACAACUGUGUCAAUAGAAGCUGUAAUUACAAUACCCAAGAAGGCAUGUCGAAUUUUCCCAGUGUAUCUCAUUAUACUUGCACAAGGUCCUUUGGCUAUCAGAGAGUCUGAAAAACAGAAUGGCAAUAAUUAUCUGUCUUUCCCAAUUGACAAGGGUGAACUAUUGUCUUGUGAUGUAUUUGAUGAAAAUGAUUUGAAGUUGGCCAUCUCUAAUAUUCAUGUCUUAAAAGUAACAGGGCAUCCUCUUUUGGUUGCCACUCGUUAUAAUUUCACAGUUACAGUCUUAUUCGACAAAAUCAACGUUGCUACACAAAACAUGGCUUCUGCACUGCCCAACCUAAAUCUAAAGUUGUACAUUUCCAAACCGGGAACCCUGCAAAACCGUCUCAAACUUGCUGAUGGACACUUACAUUCAUUUAUUCCCAAAACUGAGUUGAUAAAAGUUACAAAUCUUCUGGUUUCUGAAGUGAAAUUAGCUGGAGAAAUUGUUUUACCUCUGGAUUUAAUGACAGAGAGCUGGAAGUUUUGUGGAUCUGUCCAUAUUAUUGCAAUCCUUGAUGAAAUGAGUGUUUAUGGCGAUAAAGAUAGGUCUGAUAAUGUUUUAACUUUGCCUUUGGUUCUGGGCUGUCAUGGUGAUGCAUUAAGUGUUUCUGAUGUCCAUAUUCAGAAAUCUACUCAGACUACAGAUGUAACUUUGUUUGGAAAGCACUUCAAUAACUCAAUUUCUCAGAAUAAUUUAAUAUUGAAAUCUGGAUACAAUGAAGCUGUGAAUAUAAAUCUUACAUUGUGGAACACAGAAGAUGCUGCUCUCUCUAACUUCCAAAUUCUGUUUAACGUCUUUAGACUUUCUUUGAUCUCUAACACUACUGACCCAGCAAAUCUCCUCAAAAUUAAUGUUACUCAUUCACCAAUAUAUAUACCAAGUGGUGGCAAUCAUGCUGUUCAGAUAUCUGGUACAAUGUUAGCUAAACCUGAACUAUGCAGCAUUCUGCAUCAAAACAAUCAACUCCACUUUCACCAAGACUUUGGCUUGAUUGCAAGGAAUAUCUCAUGGAACAUUCUAGUCUUGAUUUCCUCCAGGAAAGAUUUAAUUACUUAUAACAAUGAAUUUACAAUAAUCACAGAUAUCUUGUGUGAUGGAUAUCCCGAUAUUGCUGUACCUUCUCUACCAAACGAAGGAGAAUUUACAAUGGAACAGAAACAUGGAGCCAGGGCAUUGCUCUUUCAUACAAACCAUACAUUCAUGCUUCAGUUUGAUCUGAAUCUUUUUCAAGGCAGUUUGAUCCAAAUUUGUCCCGAUCUUCCUUCAAACAAUGUAACCGAUGCCAAUAAAAAUAUAUCUGAGAAUGUGAAUGCUUAUACUACAGAAACUCCUGCUGAUACAACAAAAACUUCUGCUUAUGACACUACAGACACUUCAACAAGCAGCGAAGAUACAUCAGAUGUAUACGAAACUUAUGAUGACAUUCUAGAUCAAACUGAAAACCCAAAUAAUUUGAAUAACAGUGAAAAUUUAAAUGCUAUCAACAAUUUAAGCACUGCUGAAUUUACCAAAGACAGUGACACCACUACUACUAAACCAGCUUCAAUACCAACAACAUCUAAUAAACCAGAAACUACCACUCCUUUAAACAAAGUAUUAAGUGUUCCAAGAUUUAUUCGAAGUGUUCAUUAUAUUGAAGAAGCAACUACAAUCAAUUCAAGUUUGUCAAAAGAAGUCAAUAAAACUACAACCAGAGUAAACAUAUGUUCAGUAAACACCACCCUUGUAAAUAUUCACAAUAUUAAAAUCAUGUUCGGGCUAUUUUUAAAGUUACCCAGUACUACCGGACCUAUUCAGACUUCUGUAUACAAAACAGAGGUUGCGGAACUGGAUGACUUAAACUUAACAAUGUUGAAUGAAACAAGUGUAUCUGCUUACUUCAUUAUGCACAAUGUUUCAUUUGAUGGCAAUCUUCAUUUCCAUCUAUGCUCAAAUGAAGACCAACUGGUCAAUGUUGGGGUAUUGGUACACAUGGUUUAUGAUAAAGACAAUAUGAGCAUUGUAUAUGAUCAUGAUACUACACAAAACACUGCUUAUCUUUCUGCAAAAUUAGAGAAUUGUCCUUCAGAUACAAGGGUUUACAUUGAUGAAUUUUCGCUGAACAACAACGCACUAGUUGUGCGCGUUCCUUCAUCAGUUCCAUACAAACUACGUACUACCAUCUACAACACAGCAGCUUUCACACAAAAUUCCCAACUAAAGAUUUUUUUUCAUCUUUGCAAUGAUAUGAAAAACCAAAGCCAGCAACAAUUACCUGUUUUUUCUACAGCUAUAUAUUUUGGAUUAAUGACCAAUAACACCUGCUUAAAAUUAAACCAAACCUUAACAACCAACCAACAAGCAGCAGUUUCAACUGACUUAUACAAAAGGAUUGUUAAAGUUGAUAUAAGUGACAUUAAUGUUGGCUUGAACUUCAAAUUAGAUUCCCAGUUGUAUAGGUUUUGCUGGAAAGUAGUGACAUUACAUGUGCUAGUCUACAGUGAGCUUGGAGAAAAAUCAACAAAGGAUAAAUCAUUUGUACUCCACACUCACAAGAGCUAUUCCAACUCUACUUUUUACUUGGAAUGUGGGAGUCAAGACUCAGAUCAAUGUUCUACUGAAUUCCACAAGUGCAAAGCACCAGCUGUGUGCAGGAACUUGUACAAUGGAUAUGAAUGCAUGUGUGAGGAUGUGAACAAACUUGCAGAUCAGAAUGGAUACUGUGUGGAUACCAAGUAUUGCCUUCUUCAAAAUGAAUCUUCUCUUGGUAUGCAUUUCAAAUGCAAUGCUUCAUGUCCAAGUGGGCACAAAUAUAUAAAUGGAGUUUGUGUUAAAGUAAAUGAAUGUAGAACAACAUCAGUAUGCCAUCACAAAGCACAAUGUUACAACACACCAGGGUCUUACGUCUGCACAUGUAGUGAAGGAUAUUCCGGGGAUGGAAAAACAUGUUAUGACAUGAAGAACUGCACAGAGACCUCAUGUAAAGGUGGUAUAUGUCAGGAACAAGACCCUGGAUACAGAUGUUACUGCAAUGGUACAAGUGCAUCAUCAGAUUCUUGCAUUACCCAACCUAUUCAAUGGUCAAGUUGGUCAAACUUUACCAAAUGCUCCACAUUUUGUGGCAUAGGUGUUCAACAAAGAUCAAGGAUAUGUAAACAAGAAGGUGAAACAAGAAACAACUCUUUGUGCCAAGGUCCAUCUAUUGAUACAGUGGCAUGUGUAUCUCAAUCAUGUGAAGCAGCUCAAGCUGAUAUUUGUGCAAACAAAUCAGACAGAUGUGAUCAGCAGAGAAAUCGUGGUGUUUGCUACAGAGAUACUCCGGAUACUUACAAAUGUGAAUGCAUCCCUCCACUUAAAGCAAUUAUUUCAAAUGAAACUUUACAGCAGUGUGGCCACAAUACAUUGAAUACUUCUCUUGUAAUCAAAACCCAAAAUAUGACAACUGUUACACAACCACAACAAGAUCAAUUAUUCUGGAUCGAGGAAACUUCUUCAUCCAAAUGUCUAAAACAACAGAGCAGCUCGUCAACUUUAUUAUUGGAACAAAAGUUGCCAUUUCCAAUUCCUAUUUCUACUGAAGGCAAUGUAGAAGACAUUCGUUACAUUUAUGUUGCACAGAAUGGAAUUGUAGUUCUGUCAAAUAAGUCAAUUCCAUUACCCAACGCUCAGCUGUUGCAGAAUCCAAGCCAUCUUCUGUAUUUCUCGUUUAUAAAAGAUUUCGGUGCAUUGGUUGCUCCUCUUUGGUUGAGAGCGAGUGUUAACUUUACCAACCCAAACUCUGAUGCUUGCAUUGAAAUCUUUGACAAAUUUAGCUCAACAAAUGAUUCUAUAUUUCACAAUGUAGACAGAUACAUUUCAACAAGGACAAACUCAAAUUUUUCUGCUUUGUUAAUCAGCACUGUUACAUGGCAGAACAUUUUCCCAAAAUGGGAUGCUGAGUACAGCUAUCAAACAAAUACCAGCACAAAUGAAUUAAUAUUUCAGUUAAAUCUAGUCACAGACUACAAGGAAAUAUUUGCCAUUUCUUCAUACAAGGAAAUGAAAUUAACAACAAAAGCUUCAAUCUCAGAAACAAAUUCUGCAUCUGGGCCUGCUGUAUUUAAAGGCUUUGUAAAUUCCUUUGGUCAAAAGUCACAUAACCUCAGGUACACCAUUAAAGACAGUGGAGUGGUAUAUGACAUGAAACCUGUAUUCAACAUAUCAUCCUUGGAACAUACAACAACAUUAACUAACAUUACCCAUUCUAAAUCAAAUGAAGCAGUUACAAGGUGUAUUCAGUGGGCAUCAACACAACAAACACGUCACUCAAUCAACAUAAGUCAGUCUUGUCCUCCAACAUUGGCAAGGGUUGUAUUGGAGCCUCUUGUUUGGACGAUCACAGAGCACUGGUCUGUUUCGAAAUCUUUUGAAGCAUAUCUAUGGAUGAAAAAUACAACGGAAAUUGAGAGAACGAGACGAAUAUCGGCCUGGAAAAGCAGAAUAUCUGCUCACACAGAUGGGCCUUUACAUUGCUAUACAAGGGUUGUUCCUGACACAAAUGGAUGGAAUGUAGAUUGUUGUUACUUGGAAAAGCAUGGACUUUUGGUAUCAAACAUUGACCAGUGGCAUUUGAGUGGAUUCACACGCAAGAUCAACAAUAAAGAUAGUGUUAUACACUUUGAAAACGAUCUCCUGCCUUUACUUGACUGCUGUGCACUUACUACAGUUACUGACCAAAUUUGUCCGAUUUAUUCCCAACGUCGUCCUUUGCCAGGUUCAUCCCAACAUACAGUUGUUGGAUUGGCUUAUGGUGGAGGUGACCCUUUCCUACGUACUUUAGAUGGUGCUUUGGUACGAAUAAAUGUUCCUGGCCACUUUGUGGCAGUAGACAGCACAUCGUUUUCUCUCCAUGCUUCAGUAGAUAGUCGCUCUGUAAACAACAAACAAGUUCUUGUAAUAACAAGGUUAAUAGCAGGGUUGGCACAAGGGGUUGAUGGUUUAGUGGAGAUUGAUUUGUUUGCAAAGGGUUUACUCAACUUCACUGUAAAUGGAAUAUCUUUUUUUGAUCAUGCUAUACACACUAAAGAUGGAACCAUCAUAUCGGGCACGGAAGUUUAUUCUCAGUUAGAUUUCACUUUCAGAAAACUGAUCACUCUAUCUGUGCGUGCUGUGGAAAACUCUGUUGUGUUUUUGUUGCAACUUCCAUUUAGUUUUCAGGGUAACACUAAAGGAUUGUUAGGGAAUUUCGACAGUGAUCCUCAAAAUGACUUUAUUACUUCACUGGGCAUUCCGUUGCCCACAGUUACCACAUCUAAUGAUGAUGUGACAUUGGAAACCAAGUAUCUUGAGGACCAGUUCACAGAAUCAUGGAUGGUGCCAGUGGUAGUAAAUAUCAAGGAUAUGGUGUCAAACAUAUCAAGAGUUACAUCACAAAGUCAACUUGUUUAUCCAACGAUGCUGAACCAUCCAACUCAACAGACUUCAAUUAAUUCUACUAUUUGUCAAAAUUUUACUGAAACUGCCUUCGCAAGUUUAGUUUGUGAAAGCAGUUUAAGGACAUCGGGCAGUGAGCUCUUUGCUGCCUCUUCUGGUGAAGCAAUCACAAACCUAGUUAAGCAAACAGCCAAGGAAUCAAAUACUGGAUCACAGGCUGUCCUUAAAUGUGCCGAUGUUUUGGUCACCUAUUGUGGUGAAGUAAGCACCAUGGAAUGUGUGCUGGAGGUUGAAGCUGUAUACCAAGCUUCACUUCAUUUAACCAAUCAAUCAGCUGGCAACUUAAACUUGACAUCUUCUGUAUUUGGUGUGAUAAGUUACAACUUCUCUUUUGAUUUAACCAGUGAUGUUUUUGAUUCAUCCCCCCUUCAAACCUCUACACCUAAUAAUGAGCCAAUGUUGGGGUUAAGUACGCUUCCAUCCACUCUCAGAAAGCCAAUCAAAUUUGAAGCAUUUACAACAUUAGCAGAUAGUGAACCAGACCUUGUUGCUACUCAUGUUCAAAAACUUAUAUUUUGCCCAUGUCUUCUGAAGGAGCAGUGUAACACUAACAAUACCUACCUGAUACACAACACAGAUGAUCUUUCAGUUGAAGGUGAUUGGUUGUCAAUAGCUGAAUGUGAAUGUCCACCAUGGAAGAAUGGAUUGCUUUGCCAGUUUGACAUCAACCCAUGUGACUACCACCCUUGCUUUGCAGAUGUUAUGUGUACUUUCAACACAACCAUCAGCAACUACACAUGUGGAGAAUGUCCAAAUGGGAUGCGUGGUGAUGGGGUUGACUGUUACGCCAAUCUGUGUGAAAAUUACAACUCAACAUAUGGGUUGAACUGUGAAUACCGUUGUGUUAUGAAAGAUGGCACGCCUACAUGCGAAUGUCCACAGGGAUUUAGGAUUAACUCAGAUAAUAUAACCUGUUCAGAUAUAAAUGAAUGUGAAGCCUACUUCUCUAGUUGCAGUCAACCUUACUCCACAUGCAUCAACAACCCUGGCAGUUAUCAAUGUGGUUGCCAAAGUGGAUUUCAACUUGAAAAUGAAAGAUGCAUAGACAUUGAUGAGUGUCUGGUUGGCGACAGUAACUGCUCAGUAAGAUGUAUAAACACCGCUGGUAGCUACAUCUGUUCAUGUUACUCUGGGUUUGAAUUACACACUGAUGGCAGAACAUGUAUGGAUAUUGAUGAGUGUAAGAAUGCCCACCCAUGUAGCCACACUUGUCACAAUACAAUUGGAUUAUUUACUUGUUCAUGUAAUGAAGGAUUUGUGUUGGACACCGAUAGAAGGGAUUGUAUACCUGAAAAAUCGUGCAGUCCAGAAGUGCUUGAAACAUUUUGUAACUUCCCCCACGCUUCAUGUUCAAACAGCUCAGGAGCAGCAUCGUGUGGCUGCGAGAGUGGCUACAAAUAUGUAACUAAUUUUUUCACAAAAAGGUGUGACAACAUCAACGAAUGCACUUUGUCUACUAAAAUAUGCCCAGAAGGUUCUGAAUGUUUGGAUUCUGAUGGAAGUUAUUUUUGCCAAUGCAUGGAUGGAUAUCAAGCUAUAGAUGGUGGUGGUGGAUGUGAAAAUGUGAAUGAAUGUCAGGUAGAUAAUGGUGGCUGUGAUCAUAUUUGCUCUGAUGUCAUUGGAUCUUAUUCAUGCAAAUGUUGGAAAGGUUACGUGCUUAAAGAUGGAACAACAUGUGAAGACAUUGAUGAAUGUUCCUUGACACAAUCCGUCUAUUGCGACACAAACGCUGCUUGUAUAAAUCAACCAGGAUCAUUUGAAUGCUAUUGUAACAAAGGGUAUAUUGGAAAUGGACUUACAUGUGUUGAUGUUAACGAAUGCUCAUACAAUAAUGGUGGUUGUCAGUUUCUGUGCAAAAACAAGCCUGGUGGUGUAGAGUGCUCAUGUCCACUUGGUUAUUUAAAAGAGAAGAAUGGAAAAUCAUGUCGGGAUGUGAAUGAAUGUGCACGUAGUGAACUGCACACAUGUCGUGGUUCAGCUCUUUGCCGUAAUUUCGUUCCCGGCUUUACAUGUUACUGUCCGGAAGGUUACCAAACCACAUCCAACACUUCAACUACAAUGUGUGAGCCAACUGCAGAACUAACUAGCAAGUUGAAUACCGACAAUAUUGCUAAGCAACAAUGCAAAUUAUGUGAUCAUGGUUGUUCCUUGACUCCAAAUUCGGCUGGAUUACAUGAUGUUAUAUGUUUGUGUCCACUUGGUUUUACACUGGAAGAUGACAAAGUAACAUGUAUAGAUGUAAAUGAAUGCAAGACUAAACAACCGUGUGGGGAAAACUCUAUUUGCGACAACACACAUGGAUCAUUUACAUGCAAUUGUACAUCAGAUAUAUUUAUCCCUGAUAAAGAUGGUUUGGCUUGCACUGAGAAUCGCGGCAACUGGGGUCCAUGGAGUGACUUUAGUCCAUGCACAGUUCAAUGUGAUUACACAUAUAGAAGCAGACACCGGUUAUGUAAUAACCCUCCACCAAGUUCAGAAGGGUCACCAUGUGUUGGAUCUAGUGUUGAAUACACUCUCUGUGCAGAGGUUAACUGUGAAGUUGACUUGCCGGAAGAGAUAAAUUCAGUUGAAGUUAUUUUAUCGCCUACCACAAUGUUGCAUUGGUUAAAAGAUAUCAGAGAAGGGUUUUCAAUGUGGUUGACGAACUCCGUGGACCAAUUCUGUCAGGAAAAUUUCACAUUAUGCUGUGGGCAUUCUGCUUCUGCAUCACAAAACAUACAAAGUGGUCACUUUGCCGUUUUCAGAGAUCCAGUGGUUUCAUCUUAUCCACGUGAAGUACAGGGUGGUGUGCGACUCAAAGUCACGGCUCAUUGGAAUCCACUGAAUGAUUUUUGUCAUGUCAAUUCACCUGCAACAGCCCGCACAUCUAACAUACACGCACCAAAUGUUCAGACUGUUCAACAUGUUAAGUCAGACAUUUUGUUAAAGGCACUAGAGUAUGGAAAUGUUUCCAAAUCUAAUACCAACAUAUUUGAAACAAGUCUAAUUAGGUCAUUACAUUUGGGAAUGCCAAGGCCAGUUCCCAAUGUCUUUGAAUUGCCCGUUAUUCUGGCUGUAAUAACUAUGUGCAUCAUUUUUGCUUCUGUUUUAAUUUAUGUUUUGAUCAAAUCGAUUCGAACUGUUUCAAUGUCAAAAACAGAAACUGUGGAAAGCCGAACAGCUUCAAGAUUAUCGACUUCUUCAAAAUCGGAAAACAAAGAACAGUUUUUACACUAA